GUUGCUGACAUGCAGCUCUUUGUCUGUGCCCAGGAGCUACACACCCUCGAGGUGACUGGUGAGGAGACUGUUGCCCAGAUCAAGGCUCAUGUAGUCCCUCUGGAGGGCAUCGCUCCAGAAGAUCAAGUUGUGCUCCUGGCAGGCACACUCCUAGAGGAUGAGGCUACCCUAGGUCAGUUUGGAGUGGAGGCUCUGAACACCCUGGAAGUAGCCAGCUCCAUGCUUGGAGGUAAAAUCCAUCAUUCCCUGGCCCGUGCUGGGAAAGUAAGAGGGCAGACUCCCAAGGUGGCCAAACAGGAGAAAAAGAAGACAGGCUGAGCCAAGAGGCAGAAGUACAACCAUUACUUUGCCAAUGUUGUGCCCACCUUUGGCAAGAAGAAGGGCACCAUGCCAACUCUUAAGUUCGUUGUAAUCUUGGCUUUCCCCAAUAAAACCACUUAA